GAGUCUGAUCCGGCUGGGCCAAUAUUUCGUACCCUUGUUCCACAGAGAUGAGUCGAGGAUCUGGAAGAGAGUGCGCUUUUCACAGGAGGUGCAGCAUAGCUAAGCAACAAAGCAAAAAUGCAAGCUCUCAUCCGCAAUACCUCAAAACUAAGAGCUCUAAUCACAAAUCAAGCCCUGGUGCUGAGAUCCAAUGCCCUCUUCUCUUCCUCCGCUUUUCCAGGUAGUAGGGAUUUUGAGAUGGGAAGGAAUUCCAGGUCCAUGAACUUUGUGAGGGGAAUUAUAGAACAGGACAGAAGGAAUAUUCCAGGUAGUGCUCAAUUUCCUCGGUAUACAGUUGAGCAAAAUCCAGAUAUUGUCCAUAUAAAGCUGAUUCGCAAUAAUGCCUUUGUUACGGUGACGGAUUCUAAGGGGAAUAAGAAAAUUGGGGCUUCCUCAGGAUGUUUGUCGGAAAUGAAAGGGGGACCUAAACUUUCUCGGUAUGCAGCUGAUGCAACUGCAGAACAUGUUGGACGACUUGCAAGAAACCUUGGUUUGAAGUCGGUUGUAAUGAAGGUGAAGGGGUUCACUUAUUUCAAGAAGAAAAAACAAGCAAUAAUGAGCUGGAAGGAGGGCUUCAACUCUUCUCGAGGAGAUGAAAAUCCAAUUAUGUACAUUGAAGAUACAACUAGACGUCCACAUAAUGGAUGCCGACUUCCAAGGAAACGCCGUGUUUGAAUCAUAGCAAGUUGGAUGCCUACACUGCAUUUUUGACUUGGGGUUGAGUAGUUUCAUCUAAUAUCUUGUGAAGGGAUUGAAUGCAGAGGAGGCAAAUAAAUUGGUGCAAAAUGAUCUUUUGGAUUAUUAAUGCAUAUUUUGUUUGACAUAUUAUUUGCAAUUUGAGUGGUAAAUGGACCGUGUUAGGAGGCUGCCUUAGUUUAUAUGAACUUAUUGUCAUGUUAACUUUUAGAAUGUAGCAGAUACAAAUUUUGUUAAACAAUAUUCUGAACAAAGUUGUUGGCAAAUGUUGUCUUCAAAUAGAUACGUGUUCUGAGCA